CGGUUUGUUUCCCAUCGGCGCGGUUUUAGCCGCGGGGUCUCGUGACGUCACGUCCGCUCGCCGCUUCAGCAGGAAGGAAUGAUGCAGAAACAUUUCAUUCUGUUAUAAUUGAUUGAUACAGAUCCUCAUCCUCAUCGACGUGUGAUGAAGGCUCUGGAGGUGUCGGAGGCCGCCGUGGGCAGACGGGUGAGCUGUGAUGGACAGAGAGGAACGGUCCGUUACGUGGGUCCGGUUCCUCCCACUGAAGGCCUGUGGUUGGGAGUGGAGUGGGACGAUCCAGAGAGAGGGAAGCACGACGGGAGUCACGAAGGAGUGCGAUACUUCACCUGCAGACACCCGACGGGCGGCUCUUUCGUGCGGCCCAAGAAGGCCGCUUUCGGCGUGGAUUACGUGACGGCUCUGAAGCGGCGCUACCAGGUGGAGCUCCGGGAGGCUAUCGGGGAAGAGCUGAGGAUCUCCAGCAAAACCGUGACGAUGGUGGGCUUCGAGGACGUCAAGCAGAAGCAGAGGCUGGAGAACCUGACAGAAGUGGGUCUGAGGAGAUGUGAAGUGUCUGGUCCGGGUCCGGAGAACGAGAUCAGAAACACCACACCGCUGGCUCGGUCUCUGGAUCUCUCUGGAAACCUGCUGAGCUCCUGGGAGGUUCUGGCGGCCAUCGGCGAGCAGCUGGACUCUCUGCAGGAGCUGCAGCUCAGCUCAGGUGAGGUCGCCCGAACGCUCCUGCCAUCGUUUCGCUCCCUUCCGAGGUCCGCUUUGAGGUCUGUUUUACUAACACGAGCCCUUCUUCACAGUCACAACAGGUUGAGUAUCUCCAGCGAGCCGAGCCGUCUAAGCCCCGCCUUCUCUCGCCUGAGGCUGCUGUCACUCAACAGCUGUGCCCUCACCUGGACUCAGGUCCUCCACUGCUCCUCCAUGUGGCAGCAUCUAGAGGAGCUUUAUCUGGCUGACAACGACGUCACGGAGUUACUGAGACCGGACGCUGUGCUGCAGACGUUAAGAGUUCUGGAUUUAUCCGGCAACCGCUUGCUCCAGGAGACGCUGCCGGAGAUCUCAGGCCUGCCCCGUUUGGAGAAGCUGAAUCUGUCCGGCGCCGGCCUGUCUGCGAUCCGCUUCAGCGACGCUUCGCCAGGUGAGAAGACGGCUUCGUUUCCUGCACUGAAGACCCUCUUACUAGACGACAACAACAUUUCAGAGUGGCGCGUGGUGAACGAGCUGGAGAAGCUGCCGGAUCUCCUUCAUCUGUCCUGCAGAAGAAACCCGCUGCUGCAGAAGGAGAAGAACCUGGAGACCUCCAGACAGAUCGUCAUCGCUCGCCUGAGCCGGCUGGAGCUGCUCGACAUGAGACAGGUCUCGCCGGACGAGAGGAGGGGGGCGGAGCUGGAUUACUGUAAGAUGUUUGGAUCGGCGUGGCUGAAGGCCGGAGGUCACCGCGAGCCGGAGAACGAUCACCCCAACGCAGAGUUCACGAGCGAACACCCACGAUUCCUAGCGCUCAUCCGGAAGUACGGCGCUCCAGACGAGGGCGAGCUGAAAGAACAGAAGCCGUUUGCUCUAAAAAACCAGCUACUAACCGUGACCUUCGUCUGUCCCGAGGAUCCCGAGAGGAAGCCCGUAGAGAAGAAGCUGCCAGGCUCCAUGACGGUCCAGAAGGUGAAGGGGCUCCUGCAUCGGCUCCUCAGGUUACCAGGAGCGCAGAUAAAGCUCUCCUACACCUCCUCCAAGAUGGCUGGCAGAGAGAUCGAGGUUGAUAACGACCUGAAGCCGCUGGAGUUUUACUCGGUGGAGGACGGCGACAGGAUCCUGGUGCGCUGGUCCUGAGGAGGCCGCAGGGAAUUGUGGGACGUCUGGCCAUCAUGCGAAACGCUCUUCAUGUGAAUCAUUCGUCUCUCGGCACCAGAUGGCGCUUUAUUCUGAGCCUGGAGCAGACAGACGCUUUAUAAGACCCGUGCAUCCCAUACAGAAACAGCCGGUCACCGUUAGAUGAAAUAAAAUUCAGUACAGUACAAAACUCUA